AUUCAUUACAAUUCAAUCUUCUCAAUCAAAUUUUACAGUUAGUAAUUUUAAGAGAAAAAUGUCAGGACGUGGAAAAGGAGGAAAGGGUUUGGGAAAGGGAGGAGCAAAGAGGCAUAGAAAGGUGCUUCGUGACAACAUCCAGGGUAUUACUAAGCCUGCGAUUCGUCGUUUGGCUAGAAGAGGUGGUGUGAAGAGAAUCAGCGGUCUCAUCUAUGAAGAAACCCGUGGUGUUCUCAAGAUCUUUCUCGAGAAUGUUAUUCGUGAUGCUGUGACAUACACUGAGCAUGCUAGAAGGAAAACUGUCACUGCUAUGGAUGUCGUUUAUGCUUUGAAGAGGCAAGGAAGGACUCUUUACGGUUUCGGUGGUUGAUUCUUGUUCUCAAAUUAGGGUUUAAGAUAGCCCUAGCUUGUUCUGGUUGUAAAUGUUGGUUAAUUUCUAUGCAUUUCAGCUGUUCUGUUUUAGUUCAGUUGAUUAGAUUAGUCGUAGAUCUGUUUCAAUCGAAAUGGAACAACUUGUUCUAUGUUUCUGCUAUGUUGAUUUGUAAAAGUUUUUAAUUAUGAAUGAUGAAACUCUUUAUCAUGUUCAA